AUGGACAGGUCAGCGGGACGCAACAACGACUCAAACCGCAGGCAACGCCCUUAUCUCUCCAAUGUUGAUGAAGAAGACGAAGGAGAGUCAUUCCGGGAGCCUAGAAUUCAUUCUUCCCCAUCUGGAUCUGGCUCGGAUGAUCCUCGUCCACGAACCUCGGGAGGAUACAGGACAAAACGCUCUACACAACCACGAUACAGGGUAGACUUCGACGGUCCUAGUAGAACGGGGACCAAUGAACGAUUGAAUCCACCGGGUAAGGGGCCAUCUCGCCGUUCGUCUUGGAAGGCACGUCAUACAGCGAGACCGAGGGAGAGGGGAUCUUAUAGUGAGGCUUCUGACAGUGAUCGGGAUAUCCGCGUCCGCUACGGAAAGCACUCAAUUUCGGGGCUACCUCAUCGUUCUUCGUUCCCAGUACGACACGAGAGGAGAGAUUCUAUGCUAGGCUACCCAGACAGUGAUAUGGACCCCUAUAUUCCAAGAUCGGGUUCGGGCUACUAUGGCGCAGUAGCGGGAAAUAUGCUUCCUUAUGGCCAUAACCCUUUCUCGCCGCCAGCUGUUGGAGGUAGCUAUGUUGGCCAUCCCUAUGCUGGCGGGUAUGCUGGCGGAUAUCCUACGCCGCUUGGUAUGCAACAGUAUCAGUGGUCACCGCCGCCGCCGCCACCGACAGAAGUUCCGGCGCGAACCCCAGCGCCGGCCCCCGUGGGGCAGAUGGAAGCUACGAAGGCCGAAAGUGAGGCCUCUGCAGAGGUACAAGCGCUUAAGCGCGAGCUUGAGAUGAGACGGGCCAUACAGCUGCGAGAAGAGGAACUAAAAAAGCGGCAGGAAUUGGAGGAAAAGGUUAAGCGCGAGACGGAGGAAGCUGUAAAAAAGGCCGCGGAAGAGAAGCGGCUGGCUUUUGAAGAGGCCAAAAGGGACGCGGAAAGGGCCGCAGAAGAUGCCCGUAGAGCGGAGAAGCUGGCUCUUGAGGAACGCCAAAAGGUAGAGAAAGCAGCCGAGGAACGCGGAAAGAGAGAGGCCCUUGCUCAGAUCGAGGCCGAUAGAGCCGUGGAAGAGGCACGGUUAAAGCGACAGGUAGAGGAAGCAGUCCAUGCUCUUCAAGAGACCGAGAAGAAGCUCACAGCAGAACGUGAGGCUAAGCAAGGUAGCGAAGGGCAGGAAAGACAGCUCAGGCAGAUGCUCCAGCAGCUUAAGGACGAGAUCAAGGCCGAAAUCCUUGGACAGGACCAGGGCCACGGGGAUCACUCCAGAUCUCGGAGGUUUACUGACCAGCCAAACCUCAGCAGAACACCUGGUCUGCCACGUGAUGCCUCUCGGACUUCGGCGGGCUUCUACGAAGCAAUGUCUAAUGCGAGUCGACAGAAUUCUUUUCCAAGCGUGGGCUACUACGAGCCUGAUCCUCGGUUGCAGCAGUUCGGUCCGCUCCACCCCAGCUACGGCCCUGCAGGGACUGCCUAUCAUGUUCAAGACACGAUGGAUGCCCGCCAGACUCCAGCAUUUCGCAAUCUUCAGCAGGGUGGUAGAAGGCCACCGGGAACGUCAACCGCUACCACGAAGGCCACUCAGACAGGUGUGCCUAGUGGCCCUGGUAUCGGGGAGAGCCAAGUUUCUGAUGAGUCAGACACUGCAACGGUAAUACCACCUACGCCAUUUAGACCGAACAAAGAACCCGAGAAGGCCCAUGAUGAACAAGGACGUCUUUUCCCCGCCGGAAAUCAGAGUGGAAGUGCGACAACUACAGAGUCUGCCCGCGAGGGAGAAGGCGCAGCUCUCAAAGCUAGCGCCGAACAACCAGGAACAGAUGCCUAUAGUGAUAUUCCGUUGGGCAACCAAGGCAUCUCCGUUCUUAUUGACCAGUUUGAGGAACAUAGUAUCGGUCGAAACAGUGCGAUCUCACAAAGCGAGGCACUGAACCCCGGCGCGACCGAGUUCCGGCCACGGUCCAGAGGUACCAGUGGGAAGAAACAUGCUUCCCCUAACCUCGAGGAUACGGGACUCGGAGCACAGCCAGGAAAGCUUGCUCCUGGAUCGGUCCAGCGAGGGUACUCCCCUCAACACACUGAGUACUCGCAGAGUGCGGAUGGCCGCACCUCGCAGCUUGGGCCGGAGUUUGGGCCGGCGACGGAGUGGAUAGAAGGACAGGAAGAUCACAUUGGGCGACAGCGGCGUUUACCAUUCUGGCCAGAGCCGGCCGGAGGUCGCAAUCAGUAUGUUUCUCCUCUCAGCUGGCAAGAGGUACCCGGCGGUCAUAUGAUCCCUGUCGAGUACGAAGCACGGCUUCCACCGCAAAGGUUCGCCUUACCUGCACCAGUGCCGUAUAUCGUGUUGCCUCUACAUUUUCUUCAGCCAGCUACGCACAUGGUCCAUUCUUAUGAAGGAAGAUUUCAGAGUACGCCGUAUCCCAGACAGCCAGGGAAUUUCUUACAAUAG